GAUAAAAUUAAAAUAGGAUUGCAAACAACAAUGUUUGAAAGCGAUCAUCAGAAAGGAAAAGUGAUAUUAAUAUUGACAUUUGUCUUGUUUUUCUAUUAUACCAUUUGGAUACUUGGUUUGCCGUUUAUCGACGACGAUAGAUUCAGAUUUCUCUUUUACUCUCAUGAUCUGGCUUUGAUGGUUCCUGCGAGUUUCGGUCUGAUCUUCAUUGGUGGUUUAAUAUUCUUUACUCUAUAUCACGUGAAACCAUAUUUGUCUCUACGUAAAAUAGAGAAGGUGGAUUAGCAAUUCAAUAGCAAAUUGUUAGGAUUCGAAUAAU